AUGUCUGGUCGAGGAAAAGGCGGCAAGGGUCUCGGUAAGGGUGGUGCCAAGCGACACAGGAAGGUGCUUCGUGACAACAUCCAGGGUAUCACCAAGCCCGCUAUCAGGCGAUUGGCGCGAAGGGGUGGUGUCAAGCGAAUCUCCGGUCUCAUCUACGAGGAGACCCGAGGUGUCCUCAAGAUCUUCCUUGAGAACGUCAUCCGAGACUCUGUCACCUACACUGAGCACGCCAAGAGAAAGACUGUCACUUCCCUCGACGUUGUCUACGCUCUCAAGAGGCAGGGCCGAACCCUCUACGGUUUCGGUGCUUAA